AUGUUCAAACAUUCCUUUCCGCCAUCAUCAUGCUGGCAAACAUCCUCUGAACCACCUCUUCGGGAAGAUACUGCUAGAGAUUCCUCUUCUUCUUCACAUGAAAAAAGUACGAUCCAUCAUGAAUAUCUAUCUCAAGAAUUGACCAAACAUUGCCUGCCCUCCCUUGUAAGCAAUGAAUCCUCUCCUCUACUUGUUAAACCACAUCACACUUCCAAAUCUUACAACAACUACUAUUCGUACGAUCAACAUGAAACAUGUCUCGAAGACAGACAUGAACACAACUUUCCACAACAACUACUCAAAGAUUCUGAAUAUAAUAAUAAUGCAUCAAUACUUCCACCUCCUCCUGGAAAAUCUUCAUCUCUCUCUGUCUUAUUCAAUGUGAGCAACUCCACCAUUGGAGCAGGUAUUCUUGCCAUUCCUUUUUCCUUUCAUCAAUCAGGUGUGGUGUUAGGUUCUAUCAUUUUGUGUCUAGUUUGUAUCAUUGCCACAUUGGCAGCUCACUUUCUCAUUCGAGCCUGUGAAAUUUCAAAAGAAUAUACAUUUAAGAGAAUUGGAAUGAAAGCAUUUCAAUCCUUAUUUAAAAAACAGAAACACUCUCAUUAUGUUGGUAUUAUGAUUGAUUUAUUAAUCAUUGUAUUUUGUUUUGGAGUCAUUGUGGGAUAUAUUUCCAUUGUUGGAGAUUAUUCGGCAGGAUUGUUUAAAAUCAUGCUUAGUAGUGAUGGGAGUGGUGGUAAUGACGGUAGUAAUGGUGUUUUUCAAGUUCUUUCUUCACGUAGUUUUAAUUUUUUUCUCACUGUUUUAAUACUCUUUCCAUUAACGUGUUUGAAGAGAAUUGGUUUUUUAUUUUUCACUUCCUAUUUUGCAGUGAUUUGUGUGGUGUAUGUGUUAUUGGUGAUUAUAGUUGGAUUUUUCAUCAAAUUACCCUCACUUGAUAAGAGAUUGGAUCAUUCCAUUCUUCUCUUUCAAACUCCUGAAAAUAUUUUCCAAUUAUUUGUGGCAUUUCCAAUUUUAUUUUUUUCAUUUGGAAACUCCAUUACCUUAAUUCCAAUUUAUUUAGAAUUGAAAAAUAGAUCUCAAAAGAAAAUGUCUCAUAUUGUGAAUGGUGCUUCAUUGAUUUGUUUAACCUGUUAUUUAAUUGCAGGAAUUUUUGGAUAUAUUCAAUUUGGAGAUUCUGGAAUUCGAGAUAAUAUUUUAAAUUCAUUUCCAAAUCGAACAAGUAUUUGGAUUAUUUUUGCCAAAUUUUCAAUGAUUAUUCUUUCAGGUGUGGCUUAUCCACUCGUACAUUUUCCUCUGAGAGAGACUUUGGAUCAUUUAUUAUUUCCAAAGAAACCAUUUUCAUACGUGAGAUGGAUUGUUGAGGCAUUGGUAUUUGCAAUUCUGAUUGUAGUGACAUUGUUGAUACCUUUUGAUUUGGUGACCAUUUUUGGUUUAACUGGUGCCUCAUUUGGAAUGAUUGUCAUGUUCAUCUUUCCAUGUUUAUUUUAUGCCUUACUUGAGACCAAUCGAUACAAAAAAUGGUUUGCCUUUUUCAUUGCAUUGAUUUGUUUUGUGUUGGGAAUUGUUUCAACAGCAAGUGUGAUUUAUGAUUUUGUGAUGAAAAUGCUGUGA